AUGGGCGACCCCCCAAGCCCUGGAGCAAACCGGCGUCAGGCAGAGGAUGAACCCUCCCAUUCUGCACAGGUAGGUCGACAGGACCGACCGAGCCCAGCUUGCAUCGACGACAAUCAUACCGUUGGUCGAGAGGAAGCUAGAAAACAAGGGAUCCUCAUCGAAGUCUUGUUGUCCAAGCCGAGGCCCGUUUGCGUCGAAUGA